UCGAGCAAUGCGGGCAGCUUUUCGCCGACGCGGCGCGAGCCGGUCAAGCAGGCGAGCUCCGCCCAAGUACAAUGAGCAGCAUCGUCGACUUCGCCCUGCGCGUCAAGAACGUGUCUACGUCCCUGCUGCGGCUGCAAGACGUCAACGACGAGGUCGAGCGGGAAACGAUCGGGCGGGCACGACAACUGCUCAAGCCUGCCUCGCACAACUCGAGCCGACCGCUCUCGCCGUCCCCCGACCCUCCCGCCGACGACCAGGCGCACUGCGCGCCGUACCGCGAGUACUUCCUCGCGCACUUCUCGAACCCGUACCCGUCGCCCGCCGACAAGGACCACCUCCUCGCGCUCGUCCCGCGCCACACCAAGACCCAGCUCGACACCUGGUUCGUCAACAACCGCCGCCGGUCCGGCUGGGCCGCCCUGCGCCGCGCCCACACGAGCGGGUCCGCCGAGGCCAUGCGCCGCCUCGUCGACGACGUCGACGCCGGCGUCGCGGCGCCCGUCGUCGCCGACAAAGUCGCACGGUGCCGCGCCUUCUUCGACGAGUCCGGCCGCGACCGCGUGUCGGACGAGAUCCAGGCCAUCGUGCGCGGCGAGCCCCUGCCGCCGCCUCCCCCUCAUCCUCUCCCUCCUCCUCCCGCCCACGCCCUCGCCCUCGCGCCGCCGUCGUCCUCGAGGCGCCGCAUCGAGCAGCGCGCGACGCGCGGCAUCGGCCAGUCGGCGCCGCGCGCGCACCGCUCGCCCUCCCCUCCCUUCCCUCCUCCUCCUUCCCUCGCUCGCGAGCACCCCGUCUACGCCACUUCGCCGACCGAGCUCUCGCCCCUCGACGGCGGCCUCGCGCAGCUCGACCAUGACCUCGCGCCGCGGUACCCGUCGACGUUUGGCUCGUUCUCGUCGUCGUCGACCGGCGGGCGCGCCGUGAGCGACUCGUCGAGCGCGGCGUCGCUCGACUCGCUCCUGUCGUACGGCACGGCGCUCGACGAGCAGGCGCCGUACCACGGCGACGAGGUCGAGGUGCACGUCGCGGACGACACGACGUCGGCCGUGACCGGGUCACCGCCUGCGACGUUGUCGCUCCUCGCGUUCGCGGCCGGGCUCGGCUCGUCGCCCGUGCGGCACUACCCGGCGCGGCCGGCGGUCGACUCGCGCCCGGCGGCGGCGCACCCGUACUUCUGCACGGUGGACGAGCUGCCGACGAGCUCGUCGUUGGUCGGGUUCGCGUCGGGGGCGGCGGCGAGGAGGUGA